AUGACAACUGCCGCCGACUCGGCCUUGCCGGCAUGGAGAAUGCCGUCGAGCCAGGACUUCCUGAAGAUGAACAUCAUAUAUGAGUCCUUUGACCAAGAUGCGUCGAAUGUGGACGACGUCAGCUCCCUUUUCUCUGCUUUGGAGCAACCCCAUCAUCAUGCGGCGCAAGACUCGUCGCAACAACAAUCUCGGAAGCGAUCUCGUUCGUCCAAGUCCAGUCGCGACGAUGAUGCCGACAGCCGCCACGUGGACGAUAUAUCGGCCAUGUUCAGCAAGUUGGAAGCUGAACGAAACGAUUCCACCGAGAACAACAACACUGCGACCGCGGGGAAUUGCCUGCUGCCACCGCCAUCGACGACGUACAAGAAAACGAGUGUGUAG